AUGAUCAGACUACAGAACUGGAGACCUAGCGGUGUCUGUAGUACCUCCUGCGCGGACUUGUUGGUCACCAUGUACAGUGAUAACGAGCAAUCCAAGGUUGUCCGUUAUUCUGGAUCCACAGAAAAACAAACAAUUCAGUUUGAUGAGAUUGGCAAGCCUCUCUUUUCAUUUGGUACGUUUGAUAAUUUUAUCAGUGAGAACAGAAACCUGGAUAUCUGUGUGGUUGACAAUGGAGCUAGAGCCGUAGUGGUGAUCAAUCAGGCCGGAAAACUGAGAUUCAGGUACACUGGACAUACUCCUGCUCCAAAGAACAACUAUUCAGUCAACAGACAGUCAGAGUCACAUCCUUACAGCUGA